AUGAAAAAACUCCGUGAUGAAGUUAAUGUCUUUCUCAAGGAAGAUAACGGAUCCUCUUAUCUUAAAAUGGCAUAUGAGGAAGUCUUAUUUCCAGUAGUAUUUACUGGAAAGAAAAAAUACUAUGGAAAGCGUAUUAUGGAUGAAUCUUUAAAGGGGAAUAAUAUAAGUACCUUGCAUCAAAUCAUAGAGGAUGUUCUUAGAAAAUCUGUAAAGGAUAUUUCUCGAAUAGAUCUUAAUUAUUUAAUUAAAACUGCUGUCUGGAAACCAGACAAAGAUAAUAAACAUACUCGUGAAGAAGUAGACACAAAACAGUUUAUAAAAAAGGGCCUAACACCUGAGAAUUUUCUUUAUGAAAUCCCAGAACCAGGUGAGCGAUUUGAAUAUGUUGUAGUUGAAAAUGAUUUAUCACGGAAGGUAGGUGAUAAAAUGGAGUACCCAGAAGUAACCAGACAACUUGGUAAAAAGAUUGAUAUUAGUUAUUAUCUGAAUAGUGUUGUCAGCCUCUGUGCACGUUUUAUAAAUUAUGAAGAUAUAUACCAACCAUUACCCAAAGCUGUUCUGGAAGCCUUAAAAAAGUUAAAAGAUG